AUGGCACCGCCUUCGCCACGGCGGUCCUCAAGAGCUCGCAUAAUCAAUCCCCAGUCUAAGCAAUCCUCCGUCUCUUCGAGCACCUCCGGCCGCCUUGAGCGCAACACCAGGUCUCUGAACAAACCUUCGCCGGGCAAGUCGACGCCCAGCGCCUCGCUUUCUUCAGAGCCCCUCGACGAGCCCGACGUUACCCUCCUCGGCCGAAGGCGUAAGCGCGGUCCCGAAGACGAACAAGAUAAAGGCGCCGACGCAGGCAAUCUGGUCAUGGCCAAUGGGAGCGACGACCUCCAGGAUGAGGAGGACGAAGCGGUCCGAUGCAUUUGUGGCUCGGAAGACUACCCUGGCCGCCCAGCGGUCGAGGGUCCCGACGCCGACUUUUUCGCCGGCAUUGAGCUCACUGAAGAUGUUACGGGCUUCUUCGUACAGUGCGAUGUCUGCAAAGUCUGGCAACACGGCGCCUGCGUGGGCAUUUUCAGUGCCGAAAGUUCUCCCGACGAGUACUUUUGUGAGCAGUGUCGCAAAGACCUUCACAAGAUACACACAGCCAGCAACGGGCAAAAGUAUUCGAAAUAUGUCCCUCUCCAUCGCCCUUCGCGAGCCACCUCUCAGGCAACGUCGAUUACCAAGGAUGGCGCUCGAUCGCCGAAGAACGGGGCUUCCAAAUCAUCCCGCCCCAAUUCUGCUUCCCAAGCGGCAAAACGACGGUCUACAAUGAACAGCCGUGACGCGGCCUACGACGACGAGCUGCUGCGGCGCGUCAUGGAGGCGAGCAAGGAAGAUGCCGCCCAUGAUUUGACAGACAACCCAGCAGCAAGGCGUGCCAAACGAGGCCGCAGCGGCAGCGAGGACAACAGCAUGAAUGUCAAAAGACAGCGCACUGGCUCUCGAUCCGUCUCCCCACCGGUGGAGCCCGCCGACGCGAACGGGGUCGAUGGCUCGGACGACGAGCCGGGCACUCGAAACGGAGCGAAGAAGCCCAAGAACAAUAGAAUCCAGCGCGAAAAGACGGAGAAGGAAGAAAAGGAGCGUCUGAGGCAAGAGGCAGCAAGCAAACGCAAAGGACGGGCCGAACGCCGACGAGCAGAAGAUUCAGAUCUUUCGGAAGAAAUGCCCCCGGCUACCACAAAAGCGACCCAAAUUAAGAGUGUCGAGCCGCCCAACGCAGAGGAGUCCCCCGCGACGGCACAGCCGCCGGGAACUCCGCCAACAAGUCAUCCAACGGCUACAAAUUCGCACAAGAGAGGAGCAAGAAGCAACCACAAGAAGGGCAAAGGCAAGAACCAGUACACGAAGGACCGCGACGCAGACAAGGAAGAGUCGCCGGCUCGGUCCACGUCGCGAGACACACAGAAGAACGCGGAAGAGACGACGGGCAGCACGAAGACGUCGGCCAACGACCACAAACAUGGAUCCAAGAGCAAGCAGGCAAUGGCAAGCAAGAUGAGCAUGCUAGACAUGAAGCGCCGGGUGGCUGCAAUCAUGGAGUUCAUCUCUCGGACCCAGGUGGAAACGGCUCCGACGAACGGCGAGACGACGGCCGCAGGCCCGCCGGGAGGAGCUGUGAACGGCAACGGGACGGCUGGAUCUGACGAGAAAGAUUUCAAGGAGCUGAACUGCAUCGAGAUGAUGGACGUGCUGACGCGCGACAUGGUCAAGUGGCAGAACCAGUAUGCGUGCUAA